AUGGCCGAAGCAAUAGCUCUCGCGGCAAGCUUGGUUGGCCUUAUACAACUCGCAGGACAGGUGACAGCAAUAGGGUACACGUAUAUUAGCGGUGUGAAACGAGCCGCAAACGAUCUUCAUGAUCUUUCUAGGGAGCUAAGCAUACUGAACCUGGUUCUCUUUGCCCUUCAAAAAUACGUGGACGCAAACCCGCAGUUCUCUAUGCUACAAACACUAAAUAGCAGCGAUGGCCCCCUCCAAAAAUGCGAAUCCGAAUUGAAGGCUCUUCUUGCAAAGAUAGAGCCCAAGAAUGGGUUUAAAGGGGUUCUUAAUAGCAUAAAAUGGCCAUUGAAAGAGGCAGAAACGAUGCAACAUAUUACAAGAAUCGAAAGGCAAAAAAGUCUACUCAUGCUCGCUUUAGAGACUGACAACAUGUCUUUGACACAAGAAAUACAUCAUGUCCAAAAGACUGAUCUCGCCGUCCAGAGGAUUCGAAAAAUAUCAGAAACCUUGAACUCUUGGGCUAAUAAACACGACACAAUUCAAGCUGACGAAGAUCGAAGGGAUGUCUUGGCAUGGCUCUACUCAGAAGAUUUUGAUAGGACACACCUCGAGAUUUGCAACGAAAGGCAAAAAGGGACUGGUACAUGGCUUUUGGAAGAACCGAGUUUCCGAGAAUGGGCCAAAAAGCAACCAGGUUCCAGCUUACUUUGUGGAUAUGGUAUUCCCGGGGCCGGGAAAACAUUUUUAAGCUCUGUGGUAAUUGACUACUUAGAGGUCCGGGCCUCAACCGAGAGGUUUGGGGUCACAUAUUUCUACUUCAACUUUAAAGAACAGUGCCAAGGGCCCACUCAGUUUCUCGCCAGCCUUGUAAAACAAUUGACCUGUAAAUUGCCGAAGCUUCCCUCGGAGGUCGACAAGCUUUACAAAGAAUUGGUCAAAGAGGCGAAAAGGCCGAGUUUAGAUCAGUUAAACGCCCUUCUUCGUGCAGUUUCAAAGAACUUUGCCCAGGUCUUUAUUAUCGUUGAUGCAUUGGAUGAAUGUGCUCAAGAGCAAAGAAUUAUUCUUCUUCCAUUGUUUCAUCGUCUUGGACAGGACGGGUUCAAUAUGUUCCUGACUAGUCGUCCGCAUCCUGAAGAUAUCCAAGAGUCCUUUCGUAACGUCAAAAAAAUCAUAAUUUCCGCAAGAGACCAGGAUAUCAGGCUCUUUAUUAAUCAGAAGAUCGAGGGAAAUACACGAGCAAGGCGCCUUGUUCGACAAGCGGGGUUACAAGAUAGGAUUGUCGAUGAUAUAGUUGGUUUUGCAAAUGGAAUGUUUCUGCUUGUCCGUUUUCACGUUGAAUUUAUCUGCCAGCAGGUCUCCGCGAAACAAGUGUUAAAGGCACUCGCAUCUCUCAAAAUGGCCCCAAAGAAGAACCCACUUGACCCUACCUACGAACGGAUAGUGAAUUUCAUUCGUGGACAGCCACAGAGCAAUAUGGAAUUAGCAUUGUCGAUUCUUUCUUGGAUUAUCAAAGCUCGGCGGAUAUUGCGGCUUAAUGAAUUGCAAACGGCGAUAUCUGUGGAACCAGAAACAUAUGAGCUUGACGAGCUCAACUUACCAGAUAAGGACGUCAUACUUGAUAUCUGUGGGGGGUUAGUAACAGUAGAUGAAAGCGAGAAUGUUCGUUUUGUUCACUAUACAGUCCAGGAAUACCUUGUGAAUAAUCGCAUUAUUCCAGAAGACUCAGAUCUAACAACCGCGCUGACUUGUAUCACCUACUUGUCCUUUGAUGUUUUUACCGCCAAUUGCAAUGAAGACCCCGUUUCUCCGUAUAAGCUUCGACUAAUAUAUCCUUUCCUUGGAUAUGCGUCCAGAUACUUGUAUUCCCACCUACGCUCUUGUGAAGAGAAUUUGACGGCAGAUGCACUCGUUUAUCAUCUUGAAAAGCAGGGUCACAGUUUAUCCUACUUAUAUUAUACUCUUCACGAAGAAGUAUCCCCAUUGCAAAUGGCAGCUAAACUCGGACACUGUCUAGCAUUCCAAAUGUUGUUAGAUAAUGGUCACAAUAUCUCGGUUUGUGACGGUGACGGCAACACGGUAUUACACUAUGUCGCAAUGGCAGAAAGUAAGGAAAUGGCCAAAUUUUUAUUAAAUAAAAAGGCUGUUUCUAUCAUGGCCCUGAAUGAUAAUGGGCGUUCACCAUUAAUGAUUGCGGCACUUCGGGGAAAUGACGAAAUUGCACGCAUCUUGAUUGAUCAUGGAGCAAACAUCUUUGACCAAGAUUUUUAUGGAACAACAGUAGCCGGUCUAGCUGCUAGCAACGGACACUGCGCGUUAAUGCAACUACUGAUUGAAAAUGGCGUCGACCCGACUGGGGGAUCUGAUUCAUGCUGGUCCCCGUUCGAAUCGGCAAUCUUGACUGGCCAUGAAAAAGUUGUCGAGUUACUGAUUCAGCGUAUCAACUUCGCCGAUCUCCCACUUCGGCCCGAUUCCCUCUUGAUUGAUGCCAUAGAAUUUGGUUACCGCGGGAUUGCAAGGAUGUUAAUCGAAAAAGGGUAUGACUUGUCGUCCCAAAAUAGGGAGGGCAGCACAGCACUUCACUGGGCUGCAUUUAGUGAUUGGGAAGAUAUUGUGAGGUUGAUGUUGGAGAGAGGUGCCGAUAUAUCAGUAAGGAGUACUAGUACACGUCUACUAUUCAGUAAUAUUACAAAAAGAGACAAUCAUAUCAUGUUCGGGAAAACAGCACUAGAAAUAGCAAUUUCCGAGGGGCAUGACUCAAUAGAGGCAAUAUUGGUAGCAGAGAUGAAAGAUUUGACGGGGGAUGAACUCAUACAGCAAGACGAAGCCCCUGUACUUCCUAUCCUCGAUUCUCAGUACAUGUAG